AUGAGUCUGAACAGCAUUGACAAGGAGCGCAUCAGGAUCCUCUGGAGCAAAAUCUCCAAAGACUCUGACGCCAUCGGCGCAGAGGCUCUGGGCAGGUUGUUCGCGGCGCACCCCCAAACCAAGACCUACUUCACCCACUUUAAGGAUUUUACUUACAACAGCCCUCAGGUGAAGGAGCAUGGGAAGCUGGUGAUGAAAGGAAUCAAGCAGGCCUACGAGAACAUCGACGACAUGGUCACCGGGCUGUUGGACCUCAGCGAGAAGCACGCCUUCACCCUGAGAGUGGAUCCCAGCAACUUCAAGUUGCUGUCUAGUUGCUUCCACGUGGUCCUUUCCAAGAGGUACCCCAACGACUACACCGACGAGGCCCACCUCUCCUUCGACAAAUUCCUUGCCAACGUGGCUCUGGCUCUGUCCGAGAAAUACCGCUAA